AUGGCCGACGCAAAGAUACCCCAUGAAACAACAGAAGCCAAAGACACCCAGACAGAGCAAGUUGAUGCCGGCAGACGAUCAGAGACUGAUAUCACCGUCCGAGAUGCCUUGCGAUACUAUCGGCCAGCCGUGAUGUGGUCUGUCCUCAUCUCGCUCACCACCGUCAUGGAGUCUUACGAUAUGCAAAUUGUACACUCGUUCUAUGCCUUUCCACAGUUCCAAGAGAAGUACGGCGUCCCCCUAGAAGGUGGUGGAUACAGUAUCCCGGCCAAAUGGCAGCUUGGGCUCAACCUGGUGGCUCUCAUAGGGCUGAUGCUAGGCACCUUCACCAACGGCUGGGCGAGUGAAGCAUUUGGCGCGAGAAAGGUCAUCAUGGUCUCGCUGGUCUGUCUGACGGGGUUUGUCACAAUUACAUUCAUGGCUCCGUCGAUUGAAGUGCUUCUCGUGGGUGAGCUGCUGUGCUCAAUCCCAUGGGGCUUUUUCGCUGCAGCCACCCCGUCGUAUGCCUCGGAAAUAUGCCCAAUGGUACUACGUGGGUACCUGACGACAUUCGUGAACUUGUGCUGGGUAAUGGGGAGGCUUCUAUCCACCGGUGUCCUGACCGGCACUCUAGACAUCCCCUCGCAGUGGUCAUACCGGCUCCCUUUUGCUCUACAGUGGGCAUUCCCUCUCCCCUUGUUUAUUGCAACCUACUUCGCCCCAGAGUCUCCUUGGUGGCUUAUUCGCAAGGGGCGCGUGGAGGAAGCUGAGGCGUCGCUGAAACGGACCAUCUCUGCACCAGAGGGAGUCAUCGACACGAAGCCCAUCAUCGCCAUGAUCCAAAACACAAUCCAGACCGAACAUGACAUGCAGAUCGGAAGUUCCUACCGCGAGUGUUUCCAGGGGACCAACCGGCGACGGUCAGAGAUCUCAAUCAUCAGCUGGGGAUGUCAGUUACUCCCAGGCUGGGCCAUCCAGAACUAUAUCACCUACUUCUUCACCCUUGCCGGUCUGUCCUCUGGCGACUCGUUCAAGAUUUCUCUUGGAACUAUUUCUCUCGCCUUCAUCGGCACUUGUCUGUCGUGGGUCUUCCAAACGCAUAUUGGCCGCCGCUCCAUCUACAUUACAGGAUUUGUGUCAAUGCUGCCUCUGAUGUUUGUCGUCGCCUUCUUAGGAGUAGCACCUCCGUCCUCUGGCAUUCAAUGGGCCCAGUGCGCACUUCUGAUGAUAUGGUUCUUCUGCUAUGGAUGCACAAUCGGCCCCAUUCCAUACGCGAUAGCAGCAGAAAUCGGAGCCAGCAAUCUCAGGAUGAAGACAAUCGUCCUCGGUCGGGGCACGUACUACAUCCUGUCGGUCCUCAACUCGGUGGUGUCUCCGUACAUGCUCAAUCCCACCGAGGGCAAUCUCAAGGGAAAGGCCGCGUUUCCUGCUGCAGUCUUCACCAUUCUUCUCUUGAUCUGGGCGUUCUUUAGGCUUCCAGAGACCAAGGGCAUGACGACGGAGACGCUGGAUCAUCUGUUCCAUCAGGAGGUGCCGGCGAGGAAAUUCAAGGACGAAGCACAGCGAUUUCAGUAA